GCCAACAAGAAAGAAAAAGCGACGCUUCAAUUGAUAAGACAACCACGUUUAUAACAAAUUUUAAUAGCGACUAUAGUUGAAAUUUGACAGCUCUAGGCUUUCGCGCACUGCCCAAUCUUCAAGACUCGAAAAUGGCUGCACUGUUGCCGUCGGCUCCUGUACUCCAAUUCACCUUCAAAGGCAAAUUGGGAAGUUGCAGAUUGGCCCCUUUUUCACUUCACGAUAAGAAGAGAACCCGAUUCCAAUACAAGCCUUUUUUUGUGAAAGCAAUGUGUGCGUGUAGUUCUUCUUCAAAGUCACAAAAGAAGCAAGUAUGGAUAUGGACGGAGAAGAAAGAGGUCAUGACUGCUGCUGUUGAAAGGGGAUGGAGUACUUUUAUCUUUCAACCUGACUUCCGUCAACUUGCCGAUGAGUGGUCCUCUAUUGCGUUAUUAUCUCCUCUAUUCAUUGAGGAUGGAGGGAUCUUUGAUGGUGAGCACAUCAAAGUCGCAAAUAUCUUUGAGAUCUCUUCUCCUGAGGAAUUGGAGAAACUCCAACUGCUGACUGAACAAGUAGAAAAUGUUGUUGUUAAUCUACUGGACUGGCAGGUGAUACCUGCAGAAAAUAUUGUUGCAGCAAUUCAAGGCACUCAGAGAACAGUCUUUGCCAUCUCAAAGACAUCAUCUGAAGCUCAAAUCUUCUUUGAGGCCUUGGAGCAGGGCUUGGGUGGUGUGGUUUUGAAGACUGGGGAUGUCGAAGCCAUCUUUGAGCUGAAGGAUUAUCUAGACAGAAGAAACAACGAGGGCAGUUUUCUGGAAUUGACAAAAUCCACAAUAACUAAUAUCCAAAUGGUUGGAAUGGGUGACCGUGUUUGUGUUGAUCUCUGCAGCCUAAUGAAACCUGGUGAAGGCCUUCUGGUUGGAUCCUUUGCAAGAGGGCUCUUUCUCGUGCAUUCAGAAUGCUUAGAGUCUAAUUACAUAUCUAGCAGGCCUUUUCGGGUCAAUGCGGGUCCAGUCCAUGCCUAUGUUGCUGUUCCAGGGGGCAAAACUAGCUACCUUUCAGAAUUAAAAGCCGGCAAAGAGGUACUCAUUGUUGACCAAAAUGGGAAACAGAGAACAGCCAUCAUUGGUCGUGUGAAGAUAGAGACUAGGCCACUAAUUCUUGUUGAGGCAAAGACAGAUCAGGAUUGCCAAACUUCUUACAGUAUUCUCUUACAAAAUGCUGAAACGGUUGCGUUAAUCUCAUCCUCUGGAGGACGACAUCAACAUACAGCAAUUCCUGUGACGUCGCUGAAAUUAGGUGAUGAAAUUUUGCUGAGAGUACAGGGAGGUGCUCGCCACACUGGGAUAGAAAUACAAGAGUUCAUUGUUGAGAAAUGACUGUACGAAGAAUAGUUGAAUGCUAGUUUGAUUUGUGUAUCCGAUUGUAUAAUGCUUUGUUCUCUCCCAAUUACCUCUAAGGCCCUAUUCAAUUAUUCUUUGUGAUGGGGCAUGGUGUCAAUUGUCAAUUGAUUACUUAGCUGUAAUUUAUACCAUUUUAUGAUUCUAUUUUCUAUGCCGCAUUA